AUGGGCGACCAACUCCUCCUCCAUUGGGUGACCCAGCCCGCCACGCCAGAAACCCUCGAGGUCGUCGAGACCCUGCUGGAGGAAAAGCAGGCGGACGCGCAGCGCGCGAAGACCAUCACGGGGUCGAACUGUCUGUACGAAAGAAUCGCCAACUGGGAUUUUUCCCGCCACGAGUCAUGCAUGGAGAUGUUUCGCCUUCUCCUCAAAUACAACCCAGAUCUGAACCAGUACGACACCUGCGCGCGGCAGUCAUGCCUCCACCUCGCGGUUUCCCAGAAGAACCUUGAUUUAGUCGCGUUUCUUCUCUCCUCUCUAUCCAAGCAAAAGUCCACGAAUUCCGCGUUCGGAGCUGGCUCCGGCGGAAUGGCAGGCACGACGAACAAACACAAAAACGUCGUGGAUGUCUCCUUCGUAAACAGGAACGGACAGAGCAUCUGGCACUUGGCGGUCUUGCCGGCGGAAGUAGUCUUGCCAGCGGUGGAGGAUGGGGUGGAAACGAACAGCAUGCUCGUCGGUAUUAAAUUAAAAGGUUGAAAAGCAUGUGUCUUUGCAGGUCGUGGAGUCAUUUAAUACAUUUGUUUUGCUCAUGAUAAAUUCAUGUAGCUGGUGCGCCCGCGCGCGCAAGUUGUAUUCUAACUCUUCUUGUGCGGCCUGAGUUUCAUGAGUUAUGCUCAUCAUGCCCCCCCAGGUGCCAAUGACACCAUCCUGCACCCCUCUUGGAGCGCAACUUUCCCGCCACCGGCCGAGGAGGAAAUAAAAGUAUCGCGCACUACGAAGUCGAAGGCGGUGCAACUUCUGCAGCUCUUCGCAAAAUAUCAGCCGGUCCGUGAUCUGGUGGACGAAGUGGAUUUAGAUGGCCACAACGCCGCGUAUUGGGCGAAGGAAUUCCGCCAGUGGGACUGCGUCUCGUUCCUCGAAACCGAAUUUGCGUCGCGGCCAAAAUUCCUAACUGGCGCGGAGAUAGUCGAGAUGAUGGCCGCAGCUGCGGCGGCGGAUAAAAAACCAAAGAAAGCCGGGAAGAAGGGCGGGAAAAAGAAGAAAUGAGGAGAAAUAGUGCUGUUUUUCCUGUUGCAGGAGGAACACGAACAGAGGCGGUUCGCCGCUUGAUGCAAGAUUUAAUACGUUUCGGUUUCGGAUUUUGAACUUUGGUUUCUUUGCUUCCGCAUGAAAGCGUGUUUUGAGAAACUUCUUGAACACAGCUGCGCGGAGCUUGUUUCAGGUGGGCGUGAAGGAAUAAUGUGCUGCCAUGAUCACGCGGCCGCAGUUCCAGACGCGUCAGCAUUCUCUCAUCUUAGCGAGUGCGUCUUUACCCAUUCACUGAUAAGUGCGUGUUCUGUGACAAAUGUUUUUUUUUUCGCUAGUAACAGUAACAGUAAAGCGCACCUGUUUAGAUCGCGAACAGCUUCGUUUGGCGGUACACCUCGGCAGGUACACACCGACUAAAAUAUUGUUGAAGAAGGAUCUCAAUUUCGGCCAAAGACGUCGUUUUGUUUCGUGUUUCCUGGUGCAGAAUUUGUUUGAUCGUGGCAAAAUACUUAAACUUGUCGCAAAACAACGCUGGUGUAAGUCAGUCGACGGAGACCUAGAACGAGCAAGCGUAUCGCUUCAUUUUGGUUUUUCCGAACCAAAAAA